AUGAUUUUCGUGGAGCACAUCUGUUCUCUAACAUAUUACAUAAACCUGGCGUUCAGAUGCGAGGAAAAUAUUGGAACAUUAAGUGAAGUCAUCGAAAAAUGCCUCAGGUUUCUAGGAUCAUAUUUUUUCAAUUAUCUACCCUACAACAAUAUGUUAGCGAUUUUUAUAAAGAUCGCGAAUGUACAAGCUACAUUUCUUUGGAGUUUCACUGACGUGAUAUUAGUAUGUUUUAGCAUUUAUCUCAUCUCGUACUUUCAAGAUUUGAAUAAAAUUAUUGAUAAUCCUGCAAAACAGAAAUAUAUAUCUUGGAAACGACUGCGUAUAUAUUAUUCGCACGCCGUGUCACUGGUUACGAAAAUUGACGCUCAGCUUGGCAGCAUGAUUCUUGUCACGUAUUUUAUUUAUAUAAUUUUCAUAUGUCGCCAGUUAUACAAUGUAUUAAAUCGUCUCCACGUUCACAUCAAAGUACACGAGUGUGAUCAACAUGAAGCAGAUGAGUAA